GCUACCUGUGCCGGGCUCCGUCCGGAGAUGGGUGGGGCGGAGACUUCCGCAGCUGCCCAGCGACCCUUGGCCUCUCCUUUCCGGCUCAGAUGCCCGGCAGCACCCCGCUGGCUCUGCACCGCUGGGGCUGGGGUGCCGCGUCUCCCCGCCCUCCCUCAGGGCCGUUUCCCUCCCCUAAGGCACGGCCACUCCCGUCAAAGGAAGUGAGAGGGGCUGUUGUAAGAGGAACUUGGGCCUAGAGCCAGCCCAGGAGGAGCCGGAGCAGGGUCAUGCCCCAGCCACCCCCAGGAGCCCUGUGAAGAUUCCUCGGCCCGGGACAGUCGCCAGCCCCGCCAUGGGCAGCAAGGAGCGCUUCCACUGGCAAAGCCACAAUGUGAAGCAGAGCGGUGUGGAUGACAUGGUGCUGCUGUCCCAGAUCACCGAGGACGCCAUCGUGAGCAACCUCCGCAAGCGCUUCAUGGACGACUACAUCUUUACCUACAUCGGCUCGGUGCUCAUCUCUGUAAAUCCUUUCAAGCAGAUGCCAUACUUUACCGACCGUGAGAUCGACCUCUACCAGGGCGCGGCGCAGUACGAGAAUCCUCCACACAUCUACGCCCUCACCGACAACAUGUACCGGAACAUGCUCAUCGACUGUGAGAACCAGUGUGUCAUCAUCAGUGGGGAGAGCGGAGCCGGCAAGACAGUGGCGGCCAAGUACAUCAUGGGCUACAUCUCCAAGGUGUCUGGCGGGGGAGAGAAGGUCCAGCAUGUCAAGGACAUCAUCUUGCAGUCCAACCCACUGCUGGAGGCCUUUGGCAAUGCCAAGACUGUGCGCAACAACAACUCCAGCCGUUUUGGCAAAUACUUUGAGAUCCAGUUCAGCCGUGGCGGGGAGCCAGACGGGGGCAAGAUCUCCAAUUUCUUGCUGGAAAAGUCCCGCGUGGUCAUGCAGAACGAGAAUGAGAGGAACUUUCACAUCUACUACCAGCUGCUGGAAGGGGCCUCUCAGGAGCAGCGCCAGAACCUGGGGCUCAUGACGCCCGACUACUAUUACUACCUCAACCAGUCGGACACCUACAAGGUGGACGGCACCAACGACCAGUGCGACUUCAGUGAAACCCUGAGCGCCAUGCAAGUCAUCGGGAUCCCACCCAGCGUCCAGCAGCUGGUCCUGCAGCUCGUGGCCGGCAUCUUGCAUCUGGGUAACAUCAGCUUCUGCGAAGAGGGCAACUACGCCCGGGUGGACAGCACCGACCGCGAGUGCGACCAGGGCCAGGGCUGUCGGGUGGCCUCGGACCGGCCAGGCGGGGGCCGUCCUCCUACCACCAGUUCGUCCUGGCCGGGACUGGGGGCGGCACAUGGGCGGCGGCAGAUCCGGGAAAGACAGGGAGGGAGAGCAACCAUAGCAGGGAUGGAUAGGCAGACACAUUUGAGAGCCACGUGGAAGGCCAUCAACCGUGCGAUGCAGAAGCCCCUGGAGGAGUACAGCAUUGGAGUGCUUGAUAUCUACGGCUUCGAGAUCUUCCAGAAAAACGGCUUUGAGCAAUUCUGCAUCAACUUCGUUAAUGAAAAGCUGCAGCAGAUCUUCAUCGAGCUCACGCUGAAAGCCGAGCAGGAGGAGUACGUACAGGAGGGCAUCCGCUGGACACCCAUUGAGUACUUCAACAACAAAGUCGUCUGCGACCUCAUCGAAAACAAGCUGAGCCCACCCGAAAGCAAACCCCCGGGCUGCACGCCACCACAUGUGACCCAGACCCUCACGGGCUCCGACUCCAGGGCUACCGGAAUCUCCUGGCCCCCACCUUGGCCACAGCCCUCUCCCCAGCGGACGGGGCUGGAGGACACCCCCCCCCACCCAGGAGGGGUCUCCCCACCUUGGGCGGCAGAGCCAGACCACAGCCCAGGGGUCACAGCCCGCAAUCUCCCAAUGGAUAUCCAGUCUCACAUCCGCCUCCAUAUUAAGCAGCAGACCCCGGGGGGGACCCCAGCCCACCGGUCUGGCCCAGGCAGCACCCCAAACUCACUGUCCCGAACCCCCAAGUCGGCCAAGUUGGACCGCUGGAUUACCCAUCCGUUCACCCCAGUUCUGCACCCCUCCCUCCAGGUCUCCUACGACGUCAGUGGCUUCUGCGAGAGGAACCGAGAUGUCCUCUUCUCUGAUCUCAUAGAGCUGAUGCAGACCAGUGAGCAGGCCUUCCUCCGGAUGCUUUUUCCCGAGAAGCUGGACAUGGACAAAAAAGGCCGCCCCAGCACCGCCGGCUCCAAGAUCAAGAAACAAGCCAACGACCUAGUGGCCACGCUGAAGAGGUGCACGCCCCACUACAUCCGCUGCAUCAAGCCCAACGAGACCAAGAGGCCCCGGGACUGGGAGGAGAGCAGGGUCAAGCACCAGGUGGAGUACCUGGGCCUGCGGGAGAACAUCCGCGUGCGCAGGGCCGGCUUCGCCUACCGCCGCCAGUUCUCCAAGUUCCUGCAGAGGUACGCCAUCCUCACCCCCGAGACCUGGCCGCGGUGGCGCGGGGAUGAACGUCAGGGCGUCCAGCACCUGCUCCGGGCCGUGAACAUGGAGCCGGACCAGUACCAGAUGGGGGGCACCAAGGUCUUCGUCAAGAACCCCGAGUCGCUCUUCCUCCUGGAGGAGAUGCGGGAGCGGAAGUUCGACGGCUUUGCCCGCACCAUCCAGAAGGCGUGGAGGCGCCACGUGGCAGUGCGCAAGUACGAGGAGAUGCGAGAGGAAGCAUCCAACAUCCUGCUCAACAAGAAGGAGCGGAGGCGGAACAGCAUCAACCGCAACUUCGUGGGCGACUACUUGGGGCUGGAGGAGCGGCCCGAGCUGCGCCAGUUCCUGGGCAAGAGGGAGCGGGUGGACUUCGCCGACUCGGUCACCAAGUAUGACCGCCGCUUCAAGCCCAUCAAGCGGGACUUGAUCCUGACGCCCAAGUGUGUGUACGUGAUCGGGCGGGAAAAGGUGAAGAAGGGCCCCGAGAAGGGCCAGGUACGUGAGAUCCUGAAGAAGAAGUUGGAGCUGCAGACCUUGCGAGGGGUGUCCCUCAGCACGAGACAGGACGACUUCUUCAUCCUUCAAGAGGCUGCCGCCGACAGCUUCCUGGAGAGCAUCUUCAAGACCGAGUUCGUCAGCCUCCUGUGCAAGCGCUUCGAGGAAGCCGCGCAGAAGCCCCUGCCCCUCACCUUCAGCGACACACUACAGUUCCGCGUGAAGAAGGAGGGCUGGGGCGGAGGCGGCACCCGCAGCGUCACCUUCGCCCGCGGCUCCAGCGACUUGGCUGUGCUCAAAGCAGGUGGCCGGGGCCUCAUCGUUAGCGUGGGAGACGGGCUGCCCAAGAGCUCCAAGCCCACGCGGAAGGGAAUGGCCCAGGGGAGACACCGAAGGCCAGCCCAGGCCCCAACGCGGGCGGCCCCCGGCCCCCCCAGAGCCCUGGACCGAAAUGGGGUACCCCCCUUGGCCAGAGGAGGCCCCCUGGCCCUGGAUAUCACCCCUGGAAGGAGCUCCCAGCAGCCCCCGCGAGGUCCUCCAGCCUCCACCCUUGGGGCCAGCAGACGGCCCCGGGCACGGCCGCCUUCGGAGCACAACACAGAAUUCCUCAACGUGCCUGACCAGGGCAUGGCGGGCAUGCAGAGGAAGCGCAGCAUAGGGCAGAGGCCUGUGCCUGGCGUGGGUCGACCCAAGCCACAGCCGCGGGUGCACAGCCCGAGGUGCCGGGCACUGUACCAGUACAUCGGUCAGGACGUAGACGAGCUGAGCUUCAACGUGAACGAGGUCAUCGAGAUCCUCCUGGAAGACCCCUCAGGCUGGUGGAAGGGCCGGCUUCAUGGCCAGGAGGGCCUCUUCCCGGGAAACUACGUGGAGAAGAUCUGACCCAGAGCCCAGGACUGUGUCCUUUGCCGGGGUGCAGGCAUUGCCAGCGGGAGCUAUGAUUACCUCAGCUGCUUUGGCCACAACGUCUGUGGCCUCUAGCUCAGCCCCUGGAUCUGGGGGUCCCUGCUGCAGCACCCCUUCCUGGGUCCUGACCUCCCUCACUUGCUGCCCAAGCCUCCAUUUCUUCCUGGGUCAAACAGGAUUAAGCCGAGUGUGAUAGCGCACAUGCCUGUCAUCCAGCUUCUUGGGAGGCUGAGGCAGGAGAAUCUCAAGUCUGUGCCCAGACUGGGCAACCUAGCAAGUCCUUGUCUUUAAAAGUGGAGGUGGGGAGCUGAGGUUGGGGCUCGAUAGUCAAGCGCUUGCCUGACAUGCAUGGGUUCCAUCCCCAGGACUUUGAAAAAAAAAAAAAAAAAAA